AUGAAGACUACUUGGAAGGACAUUGCGCCUGUGCCCACGAGCCAGGAAUUCCUCGAUAUCGUCCUCAGCCGGACUCAGCGCCAGCUGCCGACGCAGAUCCGUGCUGGCUUCAAGAUCAGCCGUAUCAGAGGUUUCUACACCAGAAAAGUCAAGUACACCCAGGAAACUUUUGGCGAGAAAUUCACCUCUAUCCUCGAUGGAUUCCCUCGGUUGCAAGAUAUUCAUCCUUUCCACAAGGAUUUGAUGAACACCCUCUACGAUGCCGACCACUUCCGAAUUGCACUGGGCCAGGUUUCGACCGCCAAGCACUUGAUUGAAACCGUCUCUCGUGACUACGUUCGCCUCAUCAAAUAUGCGCAGUCGCUGUUCCAGUGCAAGCAGCUCAAGCGCGCUGCCCUGGGUCGCAUGGCCACCAUCUGCCGUCGCCUGAAGGACCCGCUCGUCUACCUGGAACAGGUCCGUCAACAUCUGGGUCGUCUGCCCUCGAUUGACCCCAACACUCGCACCCUCCUGAUCUGCGGGUACCCCAACGUCGGAAAGUCGAGUUUUCUGCGCAGCAUCACCCGCGCGGAUGUCGAUGUCCAGCCCUACGCUUUCACCACCAAGAGUCUGUUCGUUGGCCACUUCGACUACAAAUACCUGCGUUUCCAGGCCAUCGAUACCCCCGGAAUUCUGGAUCACCCGCUGGAGGAAAUGAACACCAUUGAAAUGCAGUCCAUCACUGCGGUCGCCCAUCUUCGGUCCGCUAUUCUGUACUUCAUGGAUCUUUCGGAACAGUGCGGAUACUCAGUUGGAGACCAGAUCAAACUCUUCCACAGCAUCAAGCCCCUGUUCGCCAACAAGAUCGUCUACAUUGUGGUCAACAAGAUUGAUGUUCGCCGCCCCGAGGAUCUUGAGCCUGAGUACCAGGAGCAGCUGCAGGAGAUUCUCAAGUCGGGUGAUGUCGAGAUGCUGCAGGUAUCGUGCACCACUACCGAAGGAGUGACUACCGUGAAGAAUGCUGCCUGUGACAAGCUUCUCGCCGAGCGUGUGGCGCAGAAGCUCAAGUCCGGCACCAGCAACUCCGGAGCCAACCCUGGCGGUCGUCUGGGUGAUGUGCUCUCCCGAAUUCACGUCGCCCAGCCUCUGGGUGGUGUCCAGCGGGAGACUUUCAUCCCCGAGGCUGUCAAGAAUCUCAAGAAAUAUGACAAGAACGACCCCAACCGGAAGAAGCUCGAGCGUGACCUCGAAGAGGAGAACGGUGGUGCGGGCGUGUACAACUUCGACAUGCACCGCGACUACACUCUCGCUGACGACGAGUGGAAGCACGACAAGAUCCCCGAGGUGUGGAACGGCAAGAACAUCUACGACUUUGUGGAUCCGGACAUCGAGGCCAAACUGGCUGCUCUUGAAGAGGAAGAGGAGAAGCUUGAGGCAGACGGCUACUACGAGUCCGACGAGAGCGUGGAGGAUGCCGAAGACGCCGACAUCCGCAUGAAGGCCGACCUGAUCCGUGAGAAGCGCGUGCUGAUGCGCAACGAAGCCAAGAUGCGCAAAUCGCUCAAGAACCGCGCCGCCAUUCCCCGCAGCGCCAAGUCUAAGAAGCUGUCUGAGAUGGAGACCGCUCUGGACUCGGCCGGCUACGACGUCGACACCAUCGGUGCCCGCGCGCGCUCCCAGAGCCAGCCUCGUGGUCGCACCGCUACUCGCAGCGAAGCUGCUAACGACGAUGCUAUGGAUCUCGACGACCCACGCCAGGCCAUCGCUCGUGCUAAGAGCCGCGCCCGCAGCCAGGCUGCUACGAACCGCCGUGAUGACGGUGUCACAGACACGACUUCCCGCACCAAGGCCGAGCGCCUGUACAAGCUGGGCCAGAAGAAGAUGAACCGCAUGGCCCGACAGGGUGAGGCCGAUCGACACACGACCGUCUCGCUGGCCAAGCAUUUGUUCGCCGGAAAGCGCGGAAUGGGCAAGACUCAGCGUCGUUAG